AUGACGGCAGUGGUACAUUUAAACGUGCCUCUCUGCAUACUUACCUGGAGAUUCUAUUUCCUGGCUACUCACCCCGAGGUACAGGAGAAAGCGCUCCAGGAAAUCAAAAAGGAACUCCGAAACCAGGAAGUCGAUCAUACCAACAUCGAAAGUCUUCCCUAUAUACGGCAGAUUGUAGAAGAGACAUUACGAUGUGCUGUUAUUGCCCCAUAUGCUGCUCGGUUUCAAGAUUUUGAUUCGGAACUUGGAGGACACAAGAUUCCAAAGAAUACGCCUGUGAUCCACGCCUUAGGAGUAUCGCUGAGUAAUGAAAAGUAUUGGCCCCUGCCAAAUAAAUUUGACCCGGAUCGCUUCAGUCCAGAAAAUAUAAAGAAAAGACCGCCCUUGUCGUUCCAGCCAUUUGGAUUUGCCGGAAAACGUGUUUGCCCAGGAUAUCGAUUUGCCUAUGCAGAGGCAACAGUCUGUCUGGUGACCUUGCUAAGAAUAUUCAAAAUCAAAUUAGUUGACGGUCAGGUGGUCAACCCCGUUUAUGGAGUGAUCACUCAUCCAGAGGAAGAAAUAUGGAUCAAACUUGAAAAGCGAUGAUUUUUAUUGUCAAUUCCAUAAAAUGGAAACAUGCUAGAAAUAUGGAGAGUUGGGACGAAGGGAUUUGUUUGUUCGGAGUAUUUCAUAGAUACUUCAGACCAGCUGAAGCAUAGUGUACUGCUGCAAGAGGACUGUUGAUCGACACGAAAGACAAUAUUUUCUGGUUUGUUGUGAACUCAAUAAUUACUUAUCCACAUUGAUUCAUAUACAUAUACACACUUGUUUAUUUAUCUUAAAGUAUAACUAUUGAGUAGUUGUCUUCAAAAUUAUUCAUUAUACGAAUUUUAUCCUGAAAUUUUUUUAACAAAGUGCGUAAAAUAUCUAAUUAUGAUUAUUGAAAAUUGAUCUGUGUUAAGAUUUGUCAAAAGAUUCUGUUAAUCCCUCCUAUUGGACAAUGCUGUUACUUCCUGUAGUCUCAUUGGUCAGAUUAUAAUCAUAUGCAGUAUUUACAUUAACACUGCAGCCCCACUAUAUAACUUUACCAAGCUCACUUGGAAGUUAUUAGUCCAUAACUUCCAAAUCUUUAUCAUGACGUCAUUAUUAUAGUGACAUCAUAAUUGUCACGUCGGCGAUAACGAAAGAUAUUGUUGAAAAGGCUGUUCUGUCUUUGAUGAUAAUAAUUUGUUCAUUCAUUAUCAGAGUAAAAUUCCUGGAUAUAGUCUUUUAAAUUCGUUGCCAAAUUUAGAUAUAAGCAUUUAAAUGCUUUCAUUUGGAAGUUAUGGGCUGAUGAAUGCCAACUGGACGAAGGCAAAUUUAAUGAAGCGCACAUGAAAUAGAGGUCUGUGAAACACAAUAUUGACUUUAUAUUACCAUUUUGUAGAAAAGUUCUUAUUUCAUAACAGUCCUUUUCACUAAAUACAGUCCU